GGUUAACGUGUCUCCUGGAUCAGACCGCUCGAAAUAUAAAAAUCAAUUUAAUUUAAAGCUUUUUUUAUUUGUUCGUUUUUAGCUGGAAGAUCAUUUUUAGUCCGCUUUUAUUUGCGUGGUUGGUAAGGUCGUUCUAAAAAGAUUUUUGUCCUCGCUAGCUUGCCGUACAGAAACGGUUUUCAUGGCAACUGCAGCGGAGCGUCAUCAUCGGAUUCUACCACAGAUCUCUUCUAAACAAUCCUCAAUCUCGCUAUUGUUUCCUUUCAGUCAUUAUUUUGCUCUGUUGUGUUGCUGUAUAUUUUCCAGUGUGUGAAUGGAAAACAAAGGUAACGUUACAUUUCUGCUUUGCUAGUCGGCUAGCAGCUAGUCAUCCUGCAGUGGAAUGGAUCAGUACAGUAUUCUGGGUCGGAUUGGGGAAGGAGCUCACGGGAUUGUUUUCAAAGCCAAACACAUUGAGACAGGAGAAACAGUGGCUCUGAAAAAAGUCGCUUUGCGAAAACUUGAAGAUGGAAUUCCAAACCAGGCCCUGAGAGAAAUCAAAGCCCUGCAAGAGAUUGAGGACAACCAAUAUGUGGUGAAGCUAAAGGAUGUCUUCCCUCACGGCACAGGCUUUGUUCUAGUGUUUGAGUACAUGUUAUCUGAUCUGUCUGAAGUCAUUCGGAAUUCCCAGCGUCCUCUCACCGCAUCCCAGGUCAAAGGUUACAUGAUGAUGCUGCUGAAAGGAGUGGCUUUCUGCCACGAGAACUCUAUUAUGCACAGGGAUCUGAAGCCUGCAAAUCUUCUAAUCAGCUCAACAGGUCACCUGAAGAUCGCUGACUUUGGUCUGGCGAGGCUCUUUUCAAAUGAAGGAGAUCGUUUGUACAGUCACCAAGUGGCCACCAGAUGGUACAGAGCACCAGAACUUUUAUAUGGUGCCAGAAAAUAUGAUGAAGGAGUUGAUCUCUGGGCAGUCGGCUGCAUUUUCGGGGAGCUGUUGAACAACUCUCCACUUUUCCCGGGAGAGAACGACAUUGAGCAGUUGUGCUGUGUGCUCCGAGUGCUGGGAACUCCCAACCAGAAAGUUUGGCCCGAAAUAACAGACCUACCAGACUACAAUAAGAUCACAUUUAAAGAAAACCCACCUAUUCCUUUGGAGGAGAUUGUACCUGACACGUCACCACAAGCUGUGGACCUCCUGAAGAAGUUCCUUGUCUAUCCGUCCAAACAUAGGAUCAGUGCUAGUCAGGCUUUGCUCCAUCCAUAUUUUUUCACGGACCCUCUCCCGGCUCAUCACUCGGAGCUCCCCAUCCCACAGCGUGGAGGAAAGCACUCCAGACAGCGCAUGCAACCGCCUCACGAAUUCACAGUGGAUCGACCCUUACACGAGAGCUUGGUGGACCCGAGUCGGAUCCAAAGGCACGCGUGGAGUUGUUUAUGAAACCUCGGGGUUUGUACUCUUUCGAACCAGGAGUCAUGCUCAUUUAUUUCAUGUUUAAGGACAAAUGCAAACAUUCAAAGUAUUUAUUAUAAUAUACAAAAAUAGGCUAUAUAAUAUUGUAGUUUUUUUUUAAAUAUGUUUGUAAAUUUCAUAGUACACGUUUAAAUUUCUUGAAAUAUUUCUGUUUAAGUUUGUACGGCACAUUUUACUAUACACAUUAUAGUAGCUCAUUUGAAUUGAUUGCAUCUCGAGCUGUAUUACGUACUCCAAUUCAGUGGAACUGAAAAAUGAAUAUGAAAAAAAACUAAACAAAACCUUCUUCCUUCUUGCUCAACAAUCAUUAACCUUAUCGUUUAUCUGGGGUUUUUAUUUCAGUUAGGUGUAACUUUGUAAAGUGAUCUGAUAGUAACAGGUUUAGGUUUUAUUCACACAUUCGUUUUCAAAGGUCAGUAAGAUUAAAAAAAUGAAUAAUAAUACUUGAAUUAAGCAAGGAUGCAUUCAAUUAUCAAAAGUGAAAGUCAAACAGCACAACUUUUUUCUUGAGCUUUAAAUCAUAUCAGAAUGAUUUCUGAAGGAUCAUGUGACGCUGAUGACUGGAGUUAUGAUGCUUUACAUCGCAGGAAUAAAUUACAUUUUAAACUCUAAUAAUAUUUCACAAUAUUACUGUUUUUACUGUAUUUUUGAUCAAAUAAAUGAGAUGAAUAUAAAUUUGCUGACCAGAAGAGACGUCUUUCAAAAACAAAUACAGAUAAUAUAUUAAUACUAGGGCUGUGCAAAGAUUAAUUGUGAUUAAUCGCAU